AUGGAGGCUCAAAGAAUGUGGCAUGAAGUGGUCCCCCAGCGGGAAGGAUCGCCUAGCGUGAUCUGGAGUAUGGCAUUCAGUCCAGAUGGGUCGCGUCUGCUGGUUGCUGCUGGCAGCUGUCUCCUUGUUUACGAUUCCACAACUGGGAAGAUUCUUCAGACUCUCAAAUCUCACAGGGAUUCCGUGUACGUUGUUGCGUACAGCAAAAGCGGGAAACUGUUCGCUUCAGGCGGGGCCGAUAGGGCUGUCAUAAUAUGGACAGAGCCCGGCGAAGGAUGGCGGAAAUAUACUCACAGCGAUAGCAUCCAGUGUCUGGCAUUUAAUCCCGUGACCCUGCAGCUUGCAAGCGCCACAGCUGUCGAUCUCGGACUCUGGUCGCCAGAGCUUUCCUCCGUUGGCAAGCAGAAGCUUCCAUCUAAAGCAUGCUGCAUGGACUGGACGCCUGACGGCAACUUACUGGCUCUGGGUCUUUACAGCGGCGUGGUAUCAGUUCGAGACACAACAGGAGCGGAAAAAUGGAGUGUGGCGCUGAGUGCCCCUGUGUGGACCCUGGCGUGGAGUCCUGACGUAGCCGGGGGGAGCAGUCCGGUCUUCCUCGCUGUGGGUAGUUUCUCCCCAGAACUCGUCUUUUAUCGCGCAACAGGCGAGACAUGUUUCAAGCCUCAGUCGCUAGCUUGCGAUCCCCUGUCGAUUUCGUUUGCCCAAAAUGGCAACUUCUUCGUGGUCGGAGGCUCAGACGGCUCUGUCUCUAUAUGGAGCCACGAGGGGGUUUGGCUUGGACCUGUCAGUCAGAUGCAGGACUGGGUUUGGGCAUCUGCCGUCCACCCUAGUUCUUCGCAAAUAGUGGCAGGAAGCAAUGCGGGAGAGGUAGACAUGUAUAAACUCGUUUUUCCAAUCGUUCACGGUCUGUACCAAGAGCGCUACGCUCACCGCGACAGGCUCACGGAGGUUGUCAUUCAGCAUAUGCGGCUGGAACAAAGCGUGCGCAUACGGUGCCGCAGUCUGGUGAAGAAGGUUGCCGUCUUCAAAGAAUCACUUGCAAUUCUACUUUCGGGCGAAGUCGUCAUCUACUCUUCCAAUCCGAAGAAUCCCGACCACAUGAACUACCAAGAGACGCACCGAAUUAAGCAACCUUUCGACUGCUCCUUGAUGCUUGUUACGUCGACCUACCUGGUUCGCUGCACCAAGGCAAAGCUUCAGCUCUAUACUCUCUCUGGUCAUUUCGAGAGAGAAUGGAACCUCGGGUCGGUGAUUCGAUACAUCAAGGUCGUCGGCGGGCCUCCCGCAGCAGAAGGCAUCCUUGCGGGAUUGAAGAACGGCGAGGUCGUCCAGAUUUUCACGAAUAACCCGUUCCCAGUCACUCUCGUGAAGCAGGCCCAUGCGAUCGCAUGCUUGGAUGUUUCCCUGCUGCGGACAAAACUCGCUGCGGUUGACUCGACUCAGCGCUUAACAGUCUACGACCUCGCUACAAAAGAGGUGCUUUUCGUCGAGUCGAACGUCACAUCGGUUGCAUGGAAUAUGCUGAAGGACGACAUGCUGGCGUUUGCAGGCAACAAUACUCUCUCCAUCCGGUGCGGAUCUCUCGAGCCCUGGAGGCAACGUGUUCAAGGGUUUGUGAUCGGCUGUCGGGGCUCACAAGUCUACUGCCUGAAGUCGCACUUCAUCCAGACAUGCGACUUCCCACAGUCAGCCUCCUUGUACCCGUACCUUGCCAGGAAAAAUUUUGCUGCUGCCUACGAAGUCGCAUGCUUGGGAGUGACGACUGCCGACUGGAUAUUGCUGGCGCUCAGUGCAUUGGCCAGCCUCGACUUUGUCUACGCUCGAAAGGCCUUUUCGCGGAUACGCGACUUCCGAGGCCUCCGACUCGUCCAGCAGGCUGAAGGCGCUUCCACUGAAGACCGCACGCUGUCGCCAGAGCAGCGCGCCUUCAGCGCCGCCGCCGCUGUGGCAGCGUUCCGCAGUUCCUUCGACGAAGCUGCUCAGUGCUGGUGGAAAGCUGGCCAGGCGCAUUUGGCUGUAGAGAUGUUUACCGAUUUGCGGAGGGGAGACGAUGCGAAAAAGUGGGCGGCCAAGGCAGAAGCGUGCGCAGCAGCUGCCGCGUCCAGGCGGGACGCAGACGUCGAGGCUCUCCGCACUGAUGCAGAGCUUGACUUCCAGACUGGUGAUCACGGAGGCGCGAUGAAGUCUGAGAUUCAAAAAUUUUAUACAUACGUCAACAGAGAUGACGGCGUGGCGCUGCAGCCCGUAAGAAAUCAGGCGGCUUCAGCCGAGGGAAAGAAAGAUUUGCUCUUUGCUGCUGAAAUGUAUUCAAAGGCCAAGCAGUUCCGCCGUGCUGUGGAACUCUAUGGACAGAGUGGCGCUUUAGACAAGAUCAUUUUGAUUGUGCGGGGGAAUAUUCCAACUGCCGAGGCCGAGAAUGUCCUUCGCGCAGCACUCGGCGUUUUCAAAGAGCACCGACACUUCGCCUUCGGCAGAGAAACAGCGCACAAACUUGGGGAUAAGAAAUCACUGGUCUGUCUUCUCGCGGAAAAUGGUCGAUGGGAAGAGGCCUUCUUGCUCGCCCAGCAGCGCCCUGAUGUGCAGGGAGACGUCUAUAUUCGGUGGGCUGAUCACCUGAUUCGAGCGGAUCGAUUUGACGAAGCCGCGGACGCUCUGAAGGCAUCUGGAAGGUCAGACGUCGCGCUUUUCCUUCAGAUCGAGCUCCUGGCAUUCUGCGUCGAAGAACGAAUGUUCCGGGAAGCCGCUCGACGCGCGUGGUCGGUCGCCGCAGGCAUAUGGCGCGUCACAGGACGCGGCUGCUCUGACUCACCAGAAGGAAACGCGGCCAGCUGUCAACCAUCUCUAACCGUUUCCUGCGCACUCUAUCUAUUCUGUGUCUUUCGCAAGCUGGCUGAGAUAUACUUGGCGUACCAUGUUGUGCUGCGCCGGAAUGAUGGCAUCCUUCCCUACACUGCGCGAACGCAGUCGGUGGGGACGGCGGGGCGCCAGGACGGCGCAGUAUGCAACGAAAUCGUGUUCAACGCAGCCUGCUUCCUCUGGAGUUGUGCCGUCUCUCCGCUGGCGUCCGCCCGUGGCGGUACACCGCAGGAUCCCUCGAACCGCCAGCAGAGCCGCCACGACGCGGCGGGUGACAAAUCGGGAAGAGACUCUGUCGCAGAAGCUGCUCGCCCCUCGACCAGAAUUUUGGGAGGGACGCUCGGGCUUGAACCCACUAACGAAGAACUCGCCAGCAGUUUUGCUGGGGAAAUGGGUCGCAUCGUACUGAACAGGGUGUGCUCUCUGCGGAGUGGCGGGCCUGUCCCUGGUGUAAGCCAAGUGGAAGUGUUGUAUGCCUUGGCGGAAACCUCCCUCCAGCUUCGUGCGUACAAGGUCGGCCGAUUCGCUUGCCACAGCCUGCAGCGGCUGCGGGUCUCAGAUCGAAUGCAGGAAGUGGUGGACUGCCUCACUCUCGCUCUAAAAGCUGCUCCCCGAGCAAAGGAAGAUCACACGCUGUCAACGUCCACGUGCGCAUGGUGUCGAACACCGGUACCUCUUCUUGCUAGCGGUCGACUGGGUUUCCCAUACGCUGAGGCGUGUGGUAACUGCGGACACUUGAGGCUGAGAGAGUUCGGCGGAUUCAGCGUCGUUAACUGUAUCGAAUUUCUUCCUCCACUCAACGUUACUGGUGAACGUGCAAAGUCAAUACUGAGCUCGACGAAAAUCAACAGUCCCUGCCGCGGACAUCCAUUUCAACAGGACCGACAACGCGGUUCCUUCCUAACCGAAGCGAGGAGUGCGUCAGAGGCAAAAGAGGGGCUUGAAGAUGCUCAUCAGUUCGUCGAUGCAUUCUUGGAGGCUGCCCAGGCCGGAAGCGUUCCACGACCCGGUGCAUCCCUCAUUCCUCCUCGACGCGCCCUGCGCGGAGCCGGCAUCACUUAG